CUCUGAGCUUGGAGAAGUUAGCAGUCGGGUGUCAGUCUGGUCCGUAGCCACGAUGGAUGCAAUACCAUGCGUUCUGCUGGUCCUCCUGUUCGGGACAAGGUUACAAGGAAAUGACGCCCUCCAGUGUUACUGUGACCGCUGUAACGCCAACUCCAACUGCACUACAGAUGGCGUCUGCUUUGUGGUCGCCAAGAAGUCAGGUAGCCAGCAAAUCUCAGAGCAGCGGCAGUGCAUAAAUGACAACGAACUGAUCCCACGAGACCGGCCCUUCGUCUGUGCGCCAUCUUCUAGGACUGACACUAGCAUUUUUCCAAUGUGCUGCUCGUCUGACUACUGCAACAAAGAGGCAAAAUUCCCAGACCUUCCAAUAGAAGUGGAGCCCAAAUCUUUGGGUCCUGUGGCCCUUGCAGCUGUGAUUGCUUGUCCGGUGUGUGUGCUUUGUCUGCUGCUGGUUCUGGCAUUCUACAUUUGCCACUACCAAAGAGGUCUGGGUGCCGGAGGAGCGGGGGCUCUCCAUCAUCGUGUGCCCAACGAGGAGGACCCAUCCAUGGACCACCCUUUUAUCACUGUUGGAACAACCCUCAAAGACCUCAUCUAUGACAUGACCACCUCAGGCUCUGGAUCAGGCCUGCCACUGCUGGUCCAGAGGACAAUUGCCAGAACCAUUAUCCUCCAGGAGAGCAUUGGGAAGGGCCGUUUUGGCGAGGUGUGGCGAGGUAAAUGGCGUGGUGAGGAGGUUGCAGUGAAGAUCUUCUCGUCCAGAGAAGAGCGCUCCUGGUUCCGUGAGGCUGAGAUCUACCAGACCGUGAUGUUGAGGCAUGAGAAUAUUCUCGGCUUCAUUGCUGCUGAUAACAAAGAUAACGGAACAUGGACUCAGCUGUGGCUGGUCUCAGACUAUCAUGAGCACGGCUCCCUGUUUGACUACCUGAACCGCUACACCGUCACUGUGGAGGGCAUGAUCAAACUGUCCCUGUCUACAGCAAGCGGCCUGGCUCACCUUCAUAUGGAGAUCGUAGGCACACAAGGAAAGCCAGCGAUUGCACACAGAGACCUUAAGUCCAAGAACAUUCUGGUAAAGAAAAACGGGACCUGCUGCAUUGCUGACUUGGGUCUGGCUGUUCGACAUGACUCUGCCACUGACACUAUCGAUAUUGCUCCAAACCACAGAGUGGGAACCAAAAGGUAUAUGGCUCCAGAGGUGCUGGAUGACUCUAUAAACAUGAAGCACUUUGAAUCAUUCAAGCGAGCUGAUAUCUAUGCCAUGGGCCUGGUCUUCUGGGAGAUCGCCAGCCGCUGCUCUGUGGGAGGUAUUCAUGAGGACUACCAGCUCCCCUACUAUGACCUGGUCCAGUCAGAUCCAUCAGUGGAGGAGAUGAGGAAGGUGGUCUGUGAGCAGAAACUUCGACCAAAUAUUCCAAACCGCUGGCAAAGUUGCGAGGCUUUGCGGGUGAUGGCUAAGAUCAUGAGGGAGUGUUGGUAUGCCAACGGCGCAGCUCGACUUACCGCUCUCCGGAUCAAGAAAACGUUGUCUCAGCUCAGCCAACAGGAGGGAAUCAAAAUGUAGACCCAACCCCCAAACACACACACAUAUACACCUGUGACUGGGAUCCAUAUCAUUAGCAUUACACCCUCUGUGUUAUCAUGAGUCUAUCUGAUCGCCCUCAACCUUUGUUCUGAAGGGAAGUUAAAGACAUUUUCUGUCCUGUUUCUGAUUUCAUUCACCAACGGAGGAAUCUGGUAUCAUGCUUGUGUGCUGCACUGAUGUCUGGAUGGAUCUAUCUGAUGAAGGAUGUUUGUGCCUGAAGGGGAUGGUGGAGGUGUUUAAGGAAGCCUCUUGUCAUUGAUAUUUUUUAACAUCAUCUCUGCAUCAACUCCCUCUUUUUGUAAGUAUCCUUGUAAACAACCAGUCUCUGAGCAGAACAUUGUUCUUCAGUAGGGCUGCAAGUUUUUAUGAUGAAAUCCUGUUUUUAGGAUAAGACCCUUUCAAUUUUGUGAGCAGCAUUAACUGUCCUUUUUUUGCAAAAUUUAUCUUGUGUUAGGUCUUUGCUAGAACAACUUCAGGUGAUCAACCUGUAAGGAGCGUGACAGCUGGGCCACAGAUGAAAUACACCCUCUGACCAACAAAAAAAAAAAGAGAGAGAGAUGAAAUUUAGCUUUGAUCACAGCAUCAAUUUACUGACUAGACGGGAACAACAUGUAGCUUUGAAACAUCAAAACAGCACUGUCUGUACUGGUGGAGGAAAUGAGUAGGAAGACUUCAUGAGCAGAUUCUGAAACAGAGGAAUAUCAUGUAGCCUCAGGAUGUCUUCCAUCAAGGUUUAUACGGAAGGAAAAGCUGCUCAUUUAGAGAGGCUUCAGUCAAUUAAAAGUAACCAAUUGGAUCAGAUUCAGUUUUUAUCUAUUCAUUUAAUACAUUUCAACCAGAAAUGCAUCAACUAACAGCAUGUGCUGUGAUACGUUUCCUUUCAUUUGAAUGAAAAUCCUAAUAUUACAUGAAAGUUAUGGAUGCAUGCUUUGGAUUUUUCCAUCAAAAAACCUCCUGCACAUUUUCUCUUUUAUGUCUCAUAGCCUUAACAGAAGAAAAAUCUGAAUAUGCAGGUCAGGCCUAAAAUCUGUAUCUGCCUGGAACAGAGAUGUAAAACAUAUUAACCAUGGCAUUUCAAUUGUUUACUUUUAAAUCACUGCUGCACCUUAUACUGUAAUUUAAUUUUACUGCAAUUUACAAGUUGUAUGCAACGAAAUUUCGUUCUGUACGCACUCUGUGCAUACAAAAUGACAAAUAAAGUUGUCUAAGUCAGUACAAUAGAGGCUGUGGCUGUCAGAGGGCCGUAGGACAACAUGGACAGAUCCUGGAAUGGGAUCUUCUCCAGCUCUAUGGUGAUGUCACUGUAGGUUUUCAUCUCGCAGCCUAAGCAUUUAGGCUUAGAAAGCACUGCUACCAUUUCCAUGUUUGAAAACUAGACAUGGGCUAGCAGGAGAGUCUCACUACCCUGAGUGAAAUUGCCAUGAUUUCAGUCCAACACAGAAAAUGUAUAACAUGAACUGAUUUAAUUUAAAACAGAAAAGCUAGUUUUUCCUCCGGGUGCUAAUAUUAGCUAAUAUAUUGGUUUUAAGAACAUAAUACUGCCUGUUCCAUUUAUUUAUACUCAUUUUAAAAAUAAUAUUAGCUUUAUAAGGCAUUUUCAGCUACUGUUCAGCAAAAGAACAACAAUACAAUUUAAAAAUAGGUAAACACAUAAAAACUAAAGGAAAGACCAAUGUUGAAACAAUUUAGUUUAGGCAUUGCAUCAGGCUGCAUAAGAUAAGGUGAACAAGUGGGCCUUUAGCUUGGCUUUAAAUAUCUCCAAAGAACAAGUGCCUAAUAUCUAAAGGGAGAUUGUUCCACAGAGAUGGGGCACGAAAGGAAAAAUCACGCUCCCCUACUGCUUUCCUUUGAGCCUUAGGAACUGUUAAAAUAAUUUUUUAUUUGAUGCAUAGACAUAAGCAAUAAUAAGCAAUAAAUAUGUGCUUAAAGGGGACUUAUCCACUUGUAACUUUGGCUUUCCUCAGCUUAGACUACAAAAUUGCUCCGGAAAAUAAAAACGGCGGAUUUGUGAGACUGGCAAGCUGGAAGUCCGUGACCUUGUUUAGCAGCCCCAUAGCAGCAUAAACUUAAUUUACGUUGGUGAUUAGUUCAAAAACCAUAAAUGAAUACUGAGCAGCUUGAAAAAUACAACCCAAAAACAAUAAAAAUACUACAUUUAACUUUUCUGCACUACUAGAGACAAAGUAUAUGACAAAAUCUAUUUACCAGCUAAAAAAGUGGAUUUUACAUGAUAUGUCCCUUUCAAUUUAGUUGUAGUGUUCAAAUGCCCAGAUUGUUGACUGUUUUUGCCAUUAUAGAGUCCCACAAACAAGACAAGCUGUUGUUAACUGGUUAGUUAGUUGAGCUAUCUGAUCAGGUAGCCUGCUUAAACGCUGCUUAAAGACAUGCUAACUCUCCUUUAGUUUCCACACCAUGACCAUUAGUGUUUUCCAUAACCAGAAAUGUUUCCAAUUAGCCACAUUUGUCUUUCUUCCAAAUAUUAGCAAAUUGCAGUAGCCUCCUUACAGACAGCUGGCCAGCAGUGCACAGCAACAUGUGAAGGAGACUGAGGCCCGCAUCUGCCCAAUCUGGUACUUUCCCUAGCAUCUCAUUGAAAGGACUUGGAACCCUAGGAAUGCUAUGACGGAAAGUGUUUGAAACCGUAACUUUUUUAAACUUUGGUAUCCUUUAAUGCUAGUAACCGGCCCGUGCCUACCGAGAAAGCCCUCAUGUUGCAGUUGAUAGCUCGCCCUGUGGCGUUGCUGUUGUGACAGGCUGAUACGAAGGUUUGCUGUUUCUGAGCUGCAGAUAGUUUUCUGCUGCCAGGAUUCCAACAGUGAUGAUGCUUGCAGCCCUACUGUAGAUCUUUAUUUCAUUAGAUGGGGACCUGGGGUCUCAUCAGUUGGCCACCUCAACCUCUUCAUCUGUGCAACAUGUUUAUCAGGGAGUCAAACAGCUAAUUUUAAUUUAUUGUGUCAUUUUGUUUUUGGAUUUUCUUUCUGGUGGCACGGGGCUUUUUUUUUUUUUGCUAAACUAAACCAGACAUGGUGACCUCAUUCAUCUUUGGUGAACAUGCUGCAACAUAUGCAAUAUACAGUAGAUAAAUAUGUCUAUUUUCUAUACUCUGCUCUGCUAAACCAUAAACGGCAAGACCAACAACAAUCAGCUGCCACCAUGCCUUCCAAACCAGCUGUUACCAGAAAGUGCCAGUGCUUUAAAACCCAACUCCUCUCAUGUCGGCUGCUGUGGCAUGCUUGUUCUCUGUGCGCAUGUGUGUGGGUCUGCGUGUGCCUGUUGAACUGACAGCGAGCUUCUACUAUGCACACCCCAGAUGUAGGGACGGGUAGCAAAAGGAAACGCAUACAGCACACAAAACAUGGCAGCAUCCACAAACCCGGCCGACGCUCUGGUGCCAUUUUAUUAGAUACUCCCCCUUCUUCCCGGUUCACUCGACCACCUCAGCAACAGCUCAUCCUCCAGCUCCUCCUCUUAGAGUGCUGCUCUUCAGCGCCUUGCUGCAAUUGGAAACACCCGGCCACUAAGCGUGGACGUGGCAUUCAGAAAGACUUGUGAGCAUUUACUUGUGUUUCUCUAGAAGUAAGUUGUGUUGGCUUCACAUUUCAGUUCCUUCAACCUGGAGACCUUUUCUUAACAAAAAAGCAGUGAGGUACAUUCAGUCAAAGCAACCUGAUAUUUACUAAGCCAUAGGUUUUCCAGGUGUUUAUCAUUACUUCUCAUUUUUGUUGCAUGGUGUUUUUCUACCAGAAUGUACAUUUGCGAUAUAUAGAAGAAAAAAAAAUUGUUACUUCAGCUGAGCAAGCCUUAAGGGACCAACGCAAAAGAGUCAGUUUCUGCUCUUAUAAUCUUUUUUGUUGUUGUUUUUAAGAAAGAAAAACUCUAUAUAUAAUUGAUUACUAUAAUAAAGGUAGUGUUGUUCUAUGUAAAAGACAGAAGAUGUAUAUGUAGCACCUGAUUUAAGAAUUAGUUCCAGCCUUUUGUUUGCCUCUGACCAACAUUGCCAUACAGAUAAACUGAUGUCAUCUGAUGCCUUUCAUCAGAAGCACUUGGCUUUAAUACCCAGCUCCGAAGCAAGUCUACAAUCGGGACCAGAAAGCGAUCAGCUAUUCAACUAUUUCCAUCUGCCAGAUUGUAAUUUGCACAACCAAACCAGUCUCUUGAUUGUUCAGCAAAAAGUGCACUUCAGUCCCACUGUGCAGUUUACCUGUAUGGCAGUUUGGUUAUUCAUGAGUGUAUGUCCCUCUCCAUUAUCGUUUUCCUUGAUACAUAAUGUAUUGAUGUGCUGCUACUUAAUUGUCCACCCACCUCUCUGAGUGGACUUGUGAGCUGUGGUUUGAUGUAAAUAUUAUCGUCUUGCCUGAUCUUAUCAUAUUUGUGCCAUGUUGCUCGAUCCACCCGACCAUCAUCCUCCUGACGCUAGCUGUCUGUAAAAGCACGGGAAGCAACCCCACUGAGGCGGCACGUCCCAAUCUGGAGUCCUCGUCUUUGCCUGGAGGUGUUCAUUGGUUUGGCAGCGGCUCUGGCAUUUGCUUACAGUGGUCAGCAGCAGCUUCUGUGGGCUGAAGUUAAAAAUUCUGGCUUCGGUUUAUUGGCUCGCAGACAAAACUCAGUGUGGCACUCUGUGAGUCAGUUUUCUUGGGUUUAAGCCACAAUUAUAAGGGGGGGGGGGGGGGGUUGGGGGGGGAUUUAGGGACAUAUUAUAGUAAGGGUAUUUUUUGUAGAAAAACUUCCUUUCAAAACCAUUGUAGCACCUGAUAAUAGCACAUGUUAAAGAUUAAAACCUGCUAUUUGUUCAAGAAGAGAAAAGCUGUUGGCAGCUUUAUUUACUUUAUUUUACUGUUCAUGCCCCGGUACCCUAGCCCAUCAGCUAUAUUAUUGGAAAUAGUUCCCUAUGUUACUGUCCUACCUUUUAGCUCUAACAUUGAAAACAAGACACGGAAUGGGUCUUAUUUCCCACCAAACAGGUUCCUGUGCUAUACUGGUGCUAGCAACAUACAGCUGGUUCUGUUUUUGCUGAGAAAGAACCAGACUUUUGUUCAGUUCUUUCAGUUCUUCUAACAUCUAUCCAGGAGUCCUUGUCAAUGCUGGUGGUUCGCACUUGAGCAACCAGCAGUUGACAGACACGUCAAGACAAAAACAAAUCUGGAAAAAAAGGUUUUAGUGAUGUAAUGAUGUGGGCCUUUGGCUGCUGGAACCAAACAACCUCUUAUGCUGUGUUUUAUAGAACCAGUGGGGAACUGGUUCUGGCCCUAGCCUUGUGUAGCUCUAGGUUCCACAUGGGCAGGAAACUCCUCAAAGUCUCAUGUAGAAGUUGUACAAAUGAAGUUCAUAUUGUAAUUAUAACACCAUUAUUCUUGAUACAAACUUUGGAGAGUAAUGUCCUCCUCAUACUUUGGUAAAGCAAUAGAUAUCCAACUCGUCCCCCCACCCACCUCCCAAUGCAAUUUAAUGAGUCAUCCUUGUGAACAAAGGGUUCUUGAUUACAUAGAAAAUAGUCCACAGUGGCAGAUGUGGCAUGUUCAGUCUUGUAAAUAGCUUGUGCAAUGAACAGAAGAGAAAACAAUAUUCCAAUAUUUGAAAAAAGUAAAAUGGAGCUCGCUCCUACAGUCAAAACCGGGGGCAAGACCCAAUAUACUGCAAAAAAGUUUAAUGUCUAUAUAACUGCUUAAAGUACUUUUGCAGACUGAACCUUAAUGAGAAAGACCAACUCCAAACAUUUAUCUUUCGGAUUGAUCUGGCUUCAGAGGUCAGUAAUUGGAAUAGAAGACAAUGUCAGAGUAUCCCUUUAAGAAGCCAUGGCUUCCCCUGCUGGGCUGUUGGGAGGGUCUGAGGCUCUACUUCAUGUUUAUUUCAUUGCAACGUCAUUCUCUGGGAGAUUAGCAACAACAACAAGCUCAACUCAACCACACCUCUGGUAUGCCUCUACUAUGACAACGUUAAUUUUGUCUUAAAGUCACCAGCAGCCUUGUAACUUUUUUUUCUCCAAAACCCAAGAUGACUUAAAUGUAAAAAAAAAAGGGUAAAGAGAGAGCUGUUUUUGUCAAGCUUUUUGUUGUCUUUCUACAGAAUCUUUCUGUCCUGUAUUCCUUAUUGCCUUUCUAGCUUGUCAUUCCAUCUUCUUGAAUUGACUCAACAUUUGCCAGCUUCAAAAGGCCACGCCUUACUGCAGCCCUGCCUUCACUUGCUUUGCUUUUCUAAACUAAUGCAAUGUGGAGGGUGUCUAAGUAGCUUGUAUUUUACCUGCUGUAGAUAACUUUCAAUAACCAAGGUUUGGAAAAAGAGAGGUUUGGACUGUCCUAGUAAGGGAACGCCAGUAAGGCCCCAGACCAGUACAGAUUUCUGCUCUCCUUUACAGAAGUUUGUACAAAUGCAAUUUCACAAAGCUUUAAACCAGAGCCCACGGAUCAAAAAAAAAAAAAAAACUAAGUGGAAAUGUGACCCUAAUUUACAAUUUUAUAAAGCAGCAUUUAAAAUACACUAGUAUGGCUUUUUUUUUUUCAAAUUAGUCAUUUAAAGAGGGUAAAAGUCCCCUUUGGUGUGAAAGAUGCUCUGGAGAGUUUUUAUGGCCAUGAGUACCCUGACCUCUGUCUCUUCAUCCUACCUAAGGUCAUAAAUCUACUGCAGGUGAGAUGCUAACUACUCCUCACCGUUCCACAAAACUCAACUUCAGAGGAUCUGAACUAUCCUUUUAAGGUUUAAAAAUAGUUUCUGUUUAGAACAGUGUGAUUGACAGGGUUUAUUUGGUGGGUCUCUUUCCACAGGAGAUGUGAUGGAAGUUGAUUUGAUCAAAGUUUCAUUUUUGCAUCAGAUCGUUGAAAACAUAUUUGGCAUAUCUGCAGUGUGACUGAUGUCACCAUUGCUACCUCCAUUUUGAUACAACGUUUUAGCCUUUAGGCUGGAGACUCAGUGAUUUGGUUGGGCUGAAGUCCUCUUUACCUCUUGGAUGGGACAGUCACAACAUGACUGGAAUAUUGACCUGUUCCAUGCAUUUGUGUGGUACUUUUAAGGGGAUUUAGAUCAGUUUGUCAUAAAUUAGCAAAUGCUGUAGCCUUAUUUUUCCCUGAAUCCCAAUCUGUUUCUCUUUGUAGCUCUGAUGAAAUGGUUUAUUACCACCCACUCUGCAGUUUCAUAUAUGAAAUAAUUUGCUGUUUUAUUAAAAAGUAAAAUGUUUGUGUUUUUUUUCCAUCUGGCAGAUUCUGAAUGAGACCAACAUUGUUGAAUUAACCAUCACACAAUAGUUGUAUAUUUAGUGUGUAAAAUUGAAAAUCUCUGACCAGAACAUGGCAGCAAAGUGCAUCUAGUACAAUCCUUGGUUUGUGUGGAAUAUGCAUCAACAGGCAUUAGUGGGGAACGUACAGACAUACAGAACGCAGUUUCCCUUUGCUUUCUAGACUGCUCUGAGGCUCUGAGCAGAGAGGCAACAUGAACUAUGCUAGCGUCUCCUCAGCUUCAAACCACACAGUGACGACUUCCCGCUGUCAUGAAUGUAUCAACCUUCUCAAAAUGAACAAACACGACUUGUGAAUCUCUGCAGUCUGCAGCACGAGUCUCUUUUAUGCAAACUGGGCGAGUCAGGUCUCACUGAAUCUCACAGAUGAAAAGCCUGUCUAGUCUAGCAACAUCCACACACUGUGACUCAGGCCGUGUCAGGGCCAGGGAUUGUCUCGUUCUACCCUUGUGGCUGCCGUUAGAGGGCCAGGGGUCAGUGAAGGGCUCAGGCUCAGUGGGGCUGCAGUUAGGCCUGUGUGGUACCAGGCAUAGGUGAAAGCUUUAUCAUCUUUUAUUUGGUGCCUCAGUUUGACAAAACGUGUUUGACCUUUCACCUGGAAAGACAGGGUUACAUGUGAUUGUGUGAGUGCAUUGCCUGCUUUAUAGAUGACAUCAAAAAGCUGAUAAAUAUCUGAAAAGGAUUCAGUAAUCAACAUACUGAAAAGGUCAAUUAAUGAAAAAGAAAAUACCUCCAAUUAAAGACCAAUGUGUUUUACCUCACUGUAUAUAUUCUUGAUUUGUUUACUCCAAGUUUGCAACUACUCUCUCUUUUUGUUUCUAUGAAAUGCUUAAUGUUCUUUUUAAUAGUACUUUCUGUCUGAUGGCAUUGUAUUGUGUCUGUAUUGUGCCCAAACAGUAUACACUUCCUCCACGCUCUGUAUAUGACCUGUUGUUCUGCGUGAGCUGUACAGUCAAAGUGCUUUACAAAUGUUGAACCCUCCUUUCUGAGCUCUGAGUACAGCAGCCAGGUUUCCUCUGUUCUCAUGUUUAAUGAAGAAAAAGAAAAGAAAGAAGAGUUGAAGUGCAGGUGAAGGAGGGUAGAGGUGAUGGAAUGGACUGAUGAAGCAGAAACCCCUCAGCAACUGUCAAAGCCUCCUCACUUCAGAACCCCCUUGGAUUUUUCAACGUAUUAGCUAGUCUUUUUUUAUAUAGCGUGUACAGAUGAACCAGAGAUCAUCAUAGGAACUAGAGGAUUGACAAUUAUGUUUAUUUCUAACAUAGCUGCAGUAAAAAAAAUUGUGUGAAUAAAGAAAGUUUCAUUAAA